AUGCAGUAUGUCAAGCCUACGCGGGGUGGGGACGACUUCUUGCCAGUAGCUCACACGUGUUUCAACCUGCUGGACCUGCCCAAGUACUCGUCCAAGACGAUCCUCAGGGACAAACUUGUCUUAUCCAUACAACAGACUGAAGGCUUUGGAUUAGUAGCAGGUGUGACUUUCAUGUAUAGCUUCAUCAAGUUCUGUUACAGAGCAGGUGUGACUUUCAUGUAUAGCUUCAUCAUGUUCUGUUACAGAGCAGGUGUGACUUUCAUGUAUAGCUUCAUCAAGUUCUGUUACAGAGCAGGUGUGACUUUCAUGUAUAGCUUCAUCAAGUUCUGUUACAGAGCAGGUGUGACUUUCAUGUAUAGCUUCAUCAAGUUCUGUUACAGAGCAGGUGUGACUUUCAUGUAUAGCUUCAUCAAGUUCUGUUACAGAGCAGGUGUGACUUUCAUGUAUAGCUUCAUCAAGUUCUGUUACAGAGCAGGUGUGACUUUCAUGUAUAGCUUCAUCAUGUUCUGUUACAGAGCAGGUGUGACUUUCAUGUAUAGCUUCAUCAAGUUCUGUUACAGAGCAGGUGUGACUUUCAUGUAUAGCUUCAUCAAGUUCUGUUACAGAGCAGGUGUGACUUUCAUGUAUAGCUUCAUCAAGUUCUGUUACAGAGCAGGUGUGACUUUCAUGUAUAGCUUCAUCAAGUUCUGUUACAGAGCAGGUGUGACUUUCAUGUAUAGCUUCAUCAAGUUCUGUUACAGAGCAGGUGUGACUUUCAUGUAUAGCUUCAUCAAGUUCUGUUACAGAGCAGGUGUGACUUUCAUGUAUAGCUUCAUCAUGUUCUGUUACAGAGCAGGUGUGACUUUCAUGUAUAGCUUCAUCAAGUUCUGUUACAGAGCAGGUGUGACAUUCAUGUAUAGCUUCAUCAAGUUCUGUUACAGAUCAGGUGUGACUUUCAUGUAUAGCUUCAUCAAGUUCUGUUACAGAGCAGGUGUGACUUUCAUGUAUAGCUUCAUCAAGUUCUGUUACAGAGCAGGUGUGACUUUCGUGUAUAGCUUCAUCAAGUUCUGUUACAGAGCAGGUGUGACUUUCGUGUAUAGCGUCAUCAUGUUGUUACAGAGCAGAGCAGGUGUGACUUUCAUGUAUAGCUUCAUCAAGUUCUGUUACAGAGCAGGUGUGACUUUCAUGUAUAGCUUCAUCAAGUUCUGUUACAGAGCAGGUGUGACUUUCAUGUAUAGCUUCAUCAAGUUCUGUUACAGAUCAGGUGUGACUUUCAUGUAUAGCUUCAUCAAGUUCUGUUACAGAGCAGGUGUGACUUUCAUGUAUAGCUUCAUCAAGUUCUGUUACAGAGCAGGUGUGACUUUCAUGUAUAGCUUCAUCAAGUUCUGUUACAGAGCAGGUGUGACUUUCAUGUAUAGCUUCAUCAUGUUCUGUUACAGAGCAGGUGUGACUUUCAUGUAUAGCUUCAUCAAGUUCUGUUACAGAGCAGGUGUGACUUUCAUGUAUAGCUUCAUCAUGUUGUUACAGAGCAGAGCAGGUGUGACUUUCAUGUAUAGCUUCAUCAAGUUCUGUUACAGAGCAGGUGUGACUUUCAUGUAUAGCUUCAUCAAGUUCUGUUACAGAGCAGGUGUGACUUUCAUGUAUAGCUUCAUCAAGUUCUGUUACAGAGCAGGUGUGACUUUCAUGUAUAGCUUCAUCAAGUUCUGUUACAGAGCAGGUGUGACUUUCAUGUAUAGCUUCAUCAAGUUCUGUUACAGAGCAGGUGUGACUUUCAUGUAUAGCUUCAUCAAGUUCUGUUACAGAGCAGGUGUGACUUUCAUGUAUAGCUUCAUCAAGUUCUGUUACAGAGCAGGUGUGACUUUCAUGUAUAGCUUCAUCAAGUUCUGUUACAGAGCAGGUGUGACUUUCAUGUAUAGCUUCAUCAAGUUCUGUUACAGAGCAGGUGUGACUUUCAUGUAUAGCUUCAUCAAGUUCUGUUACAGAGCAGGUGUGACUUUCAUGUAUAGCUUCAUCAAGUUCUGUUACAGAGCAGGUGUGACUUUCAUGUAUAGCUUCAUCAAGUUCUGUUACAGAGCAGGUGUGACUUUCAUGUAUAGCUUCAUCAAGUUCUGUUACAGAUCAGGUGUGACAUGUAUAGCUUCAUCAAGUUCUGUUACAGAGCAGGUGUGA